AUGUCCGCGAGCCUGCCCACACGAGAUUUGAGGCCUCCGCGAAGGCAGAUGCCCAUCGGGUCCGACACAGAUUCAGAAGACUCAUCCUCAGAAGAGGAAGGCCCUGCCACCCAGCGAGCAUCCGCCGAGAAGAAAGCAGAGGCCGCCUCCAGGAGAGCAAAAGCUCACGAUGAAACCCUUGCUGCUCAGUCCAGAGAACCAGAUUUUGGCAUGCUCAGCCUUACACCGACCCUGCCGCCAUUGGAGUCACGCGGUGAAAACGCUGCCCUACAGCGUAUUUUAAGCUACUAUUGUGACGUUGAAAGCUACCACGAUUGCACUUACAACCGCUUUGGAAACAUUCAUCUUCUCACAAUCUUGUACGCGGCCACAGGUGCGAAUCACUGCCGCAAGUUGAUGGCACAUGAUUUACGUCUUGACAUCUGGCUCGGUUCUGCCAAUGAAUUUCUGCAGCUGCAAGAGCUCAAUGGCGAGUCCGACCGAUCCCGAUCCCUGGAGAUGUACAACGGCUGCGGCGGUGGCACCAGUGCCGGUGCACGCAGAGUCAACUGGUCCUGCCUCGAGCGCCUCUCUCCACUCCACGUCGAAGUACAGGCCUGGGUCGUGCCAGGCGACGAUGGCGGCAGCAGUAUCCUUAGUGCGGGCCAUACCGGUGCGAUCGGCCUCCGGGACAACCAGCUGGUGGACCAUGUGGUGGUCGUCAGAGUUGUAGUUACGCCCGCUGGACGUCUUCCCCCCGGUGUCCAUGAUCGACGGCACGUGCAGGCCGAAGUACAUAGUGCGUGGUGCGGGCGGUGGUACAAGAUAUUCAGGAGCAGCGAUGCCGGCGUGCCUCAGACUUUGGAUUUCCCAAUCGACCCUUGGAGGGUUUCCGAUCACCUCCAGCACGCUCUCGUCGACGGACUCUCGCGACAGAUCGAGGUCUCCGAUGGAGACUUCCUAGAGCCUGCUCUCCGGAGUUGGGAAGUGGGAGUAGACGGUGGCUGGGUACAAGUCGUUGUGGGAAACGGAUGGGCUGCCGCGGUGGGGGUGCCCAGUGCUCUCGAGGAGCUGGUCUAG